GGAGUCUGUCCCAGCUCGCAUCUGGCCCGCUCCCCUCUGACACCACGGGCCAAACCCGCCCCGAGCCUCACACUCACUGGCCGCCUGUUCCCCCGCACGCCUCGGCCCCGGACACCCUCGGCGAAGCACCCGCUCACACACAAACACCAGGAGGGCACGAAAUGGACACGGAAGGGAGCCAGAGCAGUCUGUCCAACACGGACUCCCCUCACGACCCCUGCAAAAUGUUCAUAGGUGGACUCAGCUGGCAAACCACACAAGAGGGUCUGAAAGAGUACUUCUGCAAGUACGGUGAGGUGAAGGAGUGUAUGGUGAUGCGAGAUCCGAUUACUAAGCGCUCGAGAGGCUUCGGAUUUGUCACCUUCGCGGACCAGGCUGGAGUGGAUAAAGUUUUGGCCCAAACCAGACAUGAGUUGGACUCUAAAACAAUUGAUCCCAAAGUCGCAUUUCCCCGGAGGGCUCAACCUAAGUUAGUGACUCGCACCAAGAAGAUCUUUGUGGGAGGCCUGUCGGUGAACACCACUUUAGAAGACGUCAAGCAAUACUUCGACCAGUUUGGAAAGGUUGACGAUGCCAUGCUCAUGUUCGACAAGACCACCAACAGACACAGAGGGUUCGGCUUUGUGACUUUUGAGAACGAGGAUGUGGUGGAGAAAGUCUGUGAGAUCCAUUUCCACGAGAUUAACAACAAAAUGGUGGAGUGCAAAAAAGCACAACCCAAGGAGGUGAUGUCCCCUACCGGCUCGGCCAGGGGGCGCUCUCGGGUGAUGCCCUAUGGAAUGGAUGCCUUCAUGCUGGGGAUUGGUAUGCUGGGUUAUCCAAGCUUCCAGACUGCUACCUACACUAGUCGAAGCUAUGCGGGUAUCACCCCCGGAUAUACCUACCAGUUUCCUGAGUUCCACUUAGAGAGGACUCCCCUUCUGACUUCACCCCACCCCCCUGAACUUACAGCCAUUCCCCUCACAGCCUAUGGACCAAUGGCGGCAGCAGCGGCGGCAGCGGCAGUAGUCAGAGGUUCUACCCCAUCUCGCACAGCUGGCUUUUUGGGAACCAGCAGCCCGGGCCCAAUGGCGGACCUUUAUGGAACGGCUGGUCAGGAGUCCGCAGUAAGCGGUUACCUCAGUGCUGCGAGUCCCGCCCCAACCACCGGAUUCAGCCACGGUCUCGGGGGCCCUUUGAUCGCCACGGCCUUCACUAACGGCUACCACUGA